UCCCCUCCCGCUCGACUCGCCGCCGCCGCCGCCGCCGCAGGAGCAGCCGCCUCCGGAGCCGCGCGCAGCCAUGGCCGAGAACCCCGGCUUGGAGAACCACCGCAUUAAGAGCUUCAAGAACAAGGGCCGCGAUGUGGAGACAAUGCGAAGACACAGAAAUGAGGUGACAGUGGAACUCCGGAAGAACAAAAGAGACGAACACUUACUGAAAAAGAGAAAUGUUCCCCAAGAAGAAAGCUUAGAAGAUUCAGAUGUUGAUGCUGAUUUUAAAGCACAAAAUGUAACACUAGAAGCUAUAUUACAGAAUGCUACAAGUGAUAAUCCCGUAGUCCAGUUGAGUGCUGUGCAGGCAGCAAGGAAACUAUUAUCCAGUGACAGAAAUCCACCAAUUGAUGACCUAAUAAAAUCUGGGAUUUUACCAAUUCUAGUCAAAUGUCUAGAAAGGGAUGAUAACCCUUCAUUACAGUUUGAAGCUGCUUGGGCCCUAACUAAUAUAGCAUCAGGAACUUCUGCACAGACUCAAGCUGUUGUACAGUCUAAUGCAGUACCACUUUUCCUGCGACUCCUCCAUUCCCCACAUCAGAAUGUUUGUGAACAAGCAGUGUGGGCUUUGGGAAACAUUAUAGGUGAUGGUCCUCAAUGUAGAGAUUAUGUCAUAUCACUGGGAGUUGUCAAACCUCUUCUGUCCUUCAUCAAUCCCUCCAUUCCCAUCACCUUCCUUCGGAACGUCACAUGGGUCAUUGUCAAUCUCUGCAGGAAUAAAGACCCCCCACCGCCUAUGGAGACAGUUCAGGAGAUUUUGCCAGCUUUAUGUGUCCUCAUCUACCACACGGACAUAAAUAUUCUUGUAGACACUGUUUGGGCGCUGUCAUACUUGACAGACGGAGGGAAUGAGCAGAUACAGAUGGUUAUUGACUCAGGGGUUGUACCCUUCCUCGUGCCCCUUCUGAGCCACCAGGAAGUCAAAGUUCAAACCGCAGCACUCAGAGCAGUAGGGAACAUAGUGACUGGCACUGAUGAGCAGACCCAGGUGGUCCUCAACUGCGAUGUCCUGUCCCACUUCCCAAACCUCUUGUCACACCCAAAAGAGAAAAUAAACAAGGAAGCAGUGUGGUUCCUUUCCAAUAUAACAGCAGGCAAUCAGCAGCAAGUUCAGGCUGUGAUCGAUGCUGGGUUAAUCCCUAUGAUUAUUCAUCAGCUCGCUAAGGGGGAUUUUGGAACACAAAAGGAAGCUGCUUGGGCAAUCAGCAACUUAACGAUAAGUGGCAGAAAAGACCAAGUUGAAUACCUUGUACAACAGAAUGUAAUACCGCCAUUCUGUAACUUACUGUCAGUGAAAGAUUCUCAAGUGGUGCAGGUGGUUCUGGAUGGUCUAAAAAACAUCCUGAUAAUGGCUGGUGAUGAAGCAAGCACAAUAGCUGAGAUCAUAGAAGAGUGUGGAGGUUUGGAGAAAAUAGAAGUUUUGCAGCAACAUGAAAAUGAAGACAUAUAUAAAUUAGCAUUUGAAAUCAUAGAUCAAUAUUUCUCUGGUGAUGAUAUUGAUGAAGAUCCUAGCCUCAUUCCUGAAGCAACACAAGGAGGUACUUACAAUUUUGACCCAACAGCCAACCUUCAAACAAAAGAAUUUAAUUUCUAAGGUCAAUUAAGUGCAGCAUCUUUGAUUCAAUAUGAAACACCACCAGAUGGCCACCAAGCGAUAAGACAGCAAGCAACAGAAGGCUCCCAGCACUCUUGCCUCUUCAUUUUGAUGCUUCUAAAGCAAGCCAUGUCUCAGUCACUUUGCAGUUGCCAAAAGUCACUCUCACAUGGACUGUAAAUGCAUAUGCAUGAUUUCCUAAACUGUUUUAGAAUUCUCCUUAACCAUCUCAACUCCCCUAUAUUUUCCAUGCUCCCUGGUGCCACAUGCUGACAACUGCAGUCUCCAGUUAGAAUAUUCCAUAGUGGUGGUUUAUCAGCUGCCCACUGAUACAGCCUUUGGAAAAAGGUGCGCUGUGGAUCAAGACACUUUGGUAUGAUGUAUACUCAUGUUGGAAGACUACAGAGGUGCAGUGUGAUCUGAGCCUCCAUCACUGUCCUCCACAAACAUAUUUUCGUAUUCUUAUGUGGAAGAAUUAAAGUACAAGCCAAAUGAUUUUCAUUGGUGAAACUGACACAAAAGUAACUUAAAAACAAGAAACUUGGUUGUUGAUUAAAAAGAUAAGUUUUUUAAAACUGUACUUCACCUACCAUUAAUUGAUGUUUAUUAUCUGCCUCAGAAGCCAGGGUUGGAGGAAGAGCUUUAGAUAUCAAUGGUAACGCUUUCGCCAUUCUACCUAAUUUUUGAGAACAGCAAAUCCUAUUUGACCACUCACUUCAGCCUGUGUGUUCCUGCUGUUUGGAAUAAUCAAAUGCUGUGCAUGGUCUCUACCUGAGCUGCAACCUGUUACAGACUUGAACUUCUGUUAAGUUGAAAGCAAGAGUCCUUGACUACAAAAAGACAUACAUAAUAAAUAAAUAAGUCAAAACAAGAAUGGAAAGGGUCUAAAUACUCAUUAGUAAUGUUUUAAGACAAAGUCUUGCUUUCAGCUUCCAGGGGUUAAUUUUAUUUUUUGUUUUAAAUUGAUAAUUGGAUAUGGUUGAUUUAUAUUGGGUUUAAACUGUGGAGCUUUCAUGUUUACUGUAAUUAGUCUUAAAAUAUUUUUUACUUAGUAACCAGUACUUUUGAUAAUGUGGUGGCAACAAACCAGCAACUAUUUAGAAGUGUUACAAGACUUCGUUCUUGAGUAUUGGGAGCUCAUUCAGACCCCACUCAAAGCAUCUGCACAUAUUAAAAAGAUAAACCAAGGAUCUGCGCCGGAGAAUGGUCUGUAGUUAUUUAACUCAGCCUGAUUUGCAGUGAUCUUUAGCUCUACAAAAUCUGGCAUUACUAUAUAAAGUCAUUGCUUUUGGCAAAUGGUCUGACCCAGUUAUUAAUGAAUGAAUAUGAAUUUGAAAUUUUUUAAACUAAAUAAUUUGUGCUGUCACAGAAAUGGUUUUGUUGCUCUUGUUCACUGGGUAUAAUUUCCCAAUGCAUUGAUGUGAAGGGAUAGAAAUCUGAACUAAGUUAGUUUUCCGACGGGGGUGUAUUUACUGUGAUGAAGAGGACAGAUGCCAUCAGAGCUUUGUGAAUCGGCUGGGGUGUUUUCACUGACAACACAGAGCAGGUGUGCUUCAUUACAAACGUGUAUCUGCCAAGGUGGAGCCACUUUAAAGAGGGAGUUUUGUCUUGUAUCUAAAACGGAUACAAGCGUAUGUUUAAACUGCAAGAUUUUUACUUGCUAGAGAAUCUGUUUUAAUAUAGUGGUUUGGCCUCUGAUUAUUUAUAGGUUUUAUAAAUUUUAGAAUCAAUUUCUCUUUAAGGUGGCUCAGAUUUUUCAACUCUUGUGCACAUAAAAUUGAGUUGAAGUUCAUUGUGCCUUUUUUCUUUACCCAGAUUUUGAGUUAAAGCUUCAUAUGGUAACUGCAUCCUGUUCAAACACUUGUCUAAAUUUUGAAACUGUGUAGUUGUUCACUAAAAGUAGGAGUAACAAAGUCAGAAUGAAUUAAGGUCACACACUUUGGUGAAACCCUUAAAGUCAAAAAAUCUUCUUGAUAUUGUGAAUUGUCCCCCUUCCAGUUUACUUUCUUCUCGAUUCUCCCUACUUAACUGACAGUUACCUUUUCAAAUUUGCACACAUUGAGAUUAAAAUUGGGCCUCUACUGUGAUGAUUCCUAUUUCCUCUUGCGUCCUAAGUGCACACUAACCUUUGAGUAACGUUAGCAUCGAGUAGUGCAGACCCUGCAUCUACUUGAUCCGGUUUGCUGUGACCUUACCGGUUUGAAUUGGAAUCGCACCACUUCGUAGAUAAGGAAACUGAGUGUAUUGCUGCACUUUUAAGUUUUCAAAACAGUGUUUUAAAAUUGCAUUGUUUCUAUUUUUUUUUAAACUCAGUUUAAAAAAAGACUAAAAUGUUCUUUCAAAAGAGGCAUCUAAACGUGUUCCUAAUUUUGUAUAUGGGCUUAGGUUUUGUAACCAAUAAAAAAGCUGCUAUCAAAUAUGAUAAAAUAU